AUGGAAGCUUUGGGAAAAUUCAACUUAUCGACUGAAAACACGACUUUGCUUCGAACAGGUGCAUUCACUGACAAAGCAUGCUACAAUGUGGACAGUCGUUUCUUUGCAACUGGAGACUUUCUCGAGUACUACAUUGCAAACUUGAUAUUUAAUAUAAUCUUAGCAAUCGUUACUACGUUGGAGAAUCUUGUCAUCUUAAUUGCUAUCUGGAGAAAACCAACACUACAAGUUCCUUCAAACAUUCUACUAUUUUUUCUAGCGCUUUCGGAUCUUGGAGUUGGGUUGUUUGCGCAACCAUUCAUUGUUGUCUACACUGCCGCAAAAUUACAAGGAUUUAUAAGCAUGGCCUGUGUUAGUUUGCAAGUUGCUGCUGUAUUAUCGACUUAUUUAUGUGGUAUCACCUUGUUAAGCAUCACGGCUGUGAGUAUCGACCGAUAUCUGGCGCUGUAUCUUCACCUCAGGUAUAAACAACUUGUCACAAAUAAGAGGGUCAUAAAAGCACUUGUUUGCACCUGGCUUUCCGCUGGCCUGGCUCUAGUACCGUGGAUCUGGUAUCCGAAGGUUAUCUCUAAUAUAACAGUUGCUGUUGGUUUGGGUUGUAUUUUCGUCACAACGUAUUGCUUUUGCCGUAUCUACUUCAUUUUACGGCAUCACCAGAGACAAAUUUUUUUGCAGUCAGAAACUGAGCGUUCUUUCAGAACACCGAACCGAACUCUUACCUCCAAGCGUUAUAAACUUUCGGUUUUAGCAAUGUUUACAGUUUACAUUCUACUAUUGCUUUUCUAUAUACCUUACAUAUGUAUAGUCGUUGUAAUUGUCGUUCAAGGCACAACGAUUUCUAAUCGUCUUCUCUUUGAGCUUAUGA